AUGCCAGUUGCGGAGCCGAAUCGGUUUCUCUCAGCUUCAUCCCAAGGAUCUCGGGAGCAAAUCAUGGAACCUAUGUUCACUAAGUACAGCUUGCCUCUCUUCAAACGAGCCUUUACCCAUCCAUCGACCGCCUCAGCUCCUACGGACAUUUGCUGUUCAUCAACAGGAAUUGAGGCGUCAACGAGGAAGUUCAUCUCUGACCCCAGUCCAAGUGCCGUGGGAGAGCGACGCCAUCGAUACAACCGUAUUGAUCACCGGCCACAGCGUCUGGACGCGCCCCAGAACCGACAGCGAUCCCGUCUUCAACUGAUUUGGGGACGGCGGGCGCCACGCCACACGUUUCAGAUAGAGCCCUGUCGUAACGGAAUAGGCAAAGUCCAUGCUCGACAAAUCCAGAGCCAGGCUCUUGGUGAUUGCGCAACCCGUGUUCGUCGGGCAAGCCCCUCGUUACUAUUUGUUGGUACUGAAGAGUUGAACGGUAGCAGAGGUCCUCGGGACGGAUUAUUACUCCUCCCUCAGGCUGGCAACCACUGUACUGCGCACCACCUUCCUCAGCACAGAGGCCACACGUGCGCCCACUCUGAUAUCCUUUGUUGGCGGCUGUCACGCAAAAGGCGCCAAAUGGGGACCCUUGCCACCGAGUACCCAACGGCCGCCGCGUCUCUCUAA